AUGUUCAGCACUGUUUCUAGAACCUUUGUGUCGAAGAGUGCCUUUUCGCUUCGUGCUGCAGGUGCUGUUUCAGUUCGUUUCUUUCAUAUGUCGGCGGUCAAGGAAAGGAAAGCAGGAGUUGCAUCACCCGAAGAGCUCAAGGCGUUCGUGACUCAAGCCGGAGAUAAACUUUUGGUGGUAGAUGUCCGUAACCCCGAUGCAUCGAUAGAACCUGGUGACAAGAAGAGUUUGGAUGUGGCUCCUCUGCCAUCGCCUCCAGAUAUACGCCCGAAUGGGGUGCACUUGAUUUAUGAUCGAGGAACCAAAUCCAUGCUGCUACCCGAUGUGGCCAAGGAUACCCCCAUUAUCACUCACUGUGGUGGCGGAGGACGAGGUCAGAAAGCGAAGGAAUUCUUGAUGGAAAAUGGAUUUACCAACGUUAUGAACGGGGGAGGUCCCAAAGAAACUGACUGUUGGGCAGAAUUUGGAGAAAAGUAG